GCGGCCUCGCGCGGUCGCCUCUCGUCAGCCCAUUUUCUUUCCACGCGAGAUGCGAAAUACGACAUCCAUAGCGUGCGAGUGAGACGCAACAAGCAACAUACGUCUUCAACAGGUUUUCCACGAGUAACAAGAGGAAAAUGUGUUAUUUUAGUAUACUUGUGAUAAUAUUUGACAGUUUUAUGUGAAGUUAUUGUGAGAACUUGGAAAAAUAUGGGGUGGCGUGGUGUAUUGGAUUUUCGACUACUACUCUUGUAUAUGAGUGGAAUGAUUGAAGUUCAAAGCAUGUCGGAUGUUUGGGUGGAGCUGAGAGGUCCUCGCUACGUGGUUCAUCACAACAGUGCCACCUUGCGCUGCAAUCACAACGUGGAUCCAGAGGCCUUGUACAAGGUGGUGUUCUACCAAAACGGACAGAGAAUCAUGAAGUUUGUCCGAGGCCGAGACCCGCCUUAUGAACUUUACAACGUCACUGGUGCGAAUAUGAUUCUAAGCAAACUGCAGCCGACCACGAUCACUUUAGAUAAGAUGGACUUCACGGCAUCCGGUCAAUACGCAUGCGAGAUAGCUUUGGAGACUCCUUUGUAUUCUAAAAUUUCUAACUAUCACGAAAUACAAGUUUUUGUACGACAAAAACACCGUCCGAAAAUAAAGCUAAAACAUAAAAUACACUUUUCAAGUGAAAAUUUGGAAGCAAAGUGCCAGAGUGGACCCGCGUACCCCGCACCUCACCUCACCUGGUUCAUAAAUAACAUUAAGGUAGACGAACGGCUGACGAUUCCACACGGGACGGUGAAGGCGUCCCGGCACCACCACGGCAUGCCUCUCUCCGCCACCAUCUCCGACCUGAACUUCCCCCUGGACUCACUGCAGCUGUACCCAGACCAGACUGUCGAGAUCACCUGCCUCAGCACUAUACCCAGUUACGCCACUGAGUUUGACGGAUUUGCGGAUGUGCUCAACACCACUGUUACUGCUAAAACUUCCCGACGCGAACCCGCGCCCACACAGCUACCGGUAAAAAUAAUUAGCCCUGAAAUAAAUGUAUCAAAUCGAUGUACUCUUAAUUUGGCCAUUAUAGUAAUCUUGUUGGUGUGCCCUUAUGGCUUUUAAUCUUAUUUGUAUAGGGUACGUAUAAUCGAUCAAUCGGAAAUGCUAUUGAAGCAUAAAUAUAAGGGUUGUGGAUAAACCAUGGAUUUCAUAUUAAAACGUCAAUUGUAUAUUUAUAAAAAAACAUAACUAAAUUGGAUUUUGAUUUGUAUUGUUAUUGUUCUAAUUUAUUUUUACUUUCACUUCUCAUUUAAAGGAAAUAGUCAUGAAUUAAUUGACAUAUUUUAAUAUCAAUCUUUAUGAAUAACAAAAAGGCUUAUUUCAAAAUUCAUCUAGUUCUGGAAUUUUAAUUACUAAUUGAUCUUCAUAAAAAUCAUCUCAAGUCAAAGCUGAAAAGAGUCGCCCUCUACACCACAUACAUUUACGCAUUAACAAAAAAUAGAUAAAGACAAAUUAGUAACAAUAUUUUUUAAAAUUAUAUAUUUUUAAAUGUCUUUACCGGUUGACCGUUCGAAGUUCGAAUUCGGUGGACGUUUUUUUUUUAUACUAUUAAUCAAGUUAACAGGUUCGCUGACUAUAUGGACUAUAUAUAACUUAAACACAAUUAUAAUACAUACUAUACCUGAAUGUGGUCUACAGAGCAAUUCUUUUUAAAUGAGAUAUUUCAUUGUUACGCAUUCGAUGUCACAUGGCAUGUUUUUUCUCACUAAAUUCUAUUAUUAUAAACAUAUAAAUUGUAAAAAUGCUAUAUUUUUUCUUCUCUUUACAAUGCGUACAAUGAAUUUUUUAUCAUUUUUAAAUUCUCUUCUAAUGAGCUUAAUAAGGCUUUUUUUACUACUUCAUAAGAUAAAUCUUUUUACUUGUGUAUGCGCAAUUAUGAGACUGAAUUAGAAUGUUAGGGUUUAUAAAAUACCUGAUAUUGACACCCUUAUCCCUACACACACAGUGCAAUUUUCACUGGCUAUAUCUUCUAUAUAAAUAAGUACUAUUAUUACUUGUAUUAUUUUUAGAUAUUGAAAAGAAGAUAGAUUAAUAUACAAAUAAAUAAUGUAUAUAAUUAUCACAAUGAAUAUUCUAUUAAGAUAAGAGAUCUUUAUAUAAUUUGAUAAUUCAAAAUAUAAUACGUGUUGUUACAAAAGGUAAAAAAAAAUAUUUCAAACAUUUUGUGAAAUUAAAUUAAGUUUAUUUGUUUGUUGAUGUAGUUGGCUUAUCGUAUAAAUUAAUAUUAGAAAACAUUUUAAAAAAUAUUCAAUUACUUUACCAUAUAAACAAAAAAAUACUAUUUAUAAACCAACGGAUUUCUUUUUACACGAUAAGUCACCUUCAUAGUCAGUUAUGGAUACUUCAAUAUAAUAUUAUAAUUCAAUAUAGGUAACGAUAAAUAAUAUCGAGUUACCAUGUUUCAUAAAUAUUUGUUAGUAUACGGAUACGGGGUAUUCAGAUUACACAAGACAGUUCAACGAAGAUAUCGGCCAAUGAGUUUUCAAUUUCAAUUAAUAUAGCCAGUGAAAAAAGUCUAAGAGAAUAUAAAUGGCACAAUGUUUUUACUUUGGACCUUUAGUAAAAAAUCAGUAUAAUAUACAACUGGUGGAGCCAACGACGCUCCAAAUAAGUCUUUUAGAGGUUUUAUUUAAUUUUUUUUUAAUAUUCUUGAAGACUUGUUUUAAAUAUUUGUAUUUUACAGUAAUAUUCUCAUUUGUUGUGGAAUUAAAUUAUUUAUGUCCAGGUUUUCACGUUAUAAUUUUUUAUUUAUUUAUCGAUAUAUGUCCUACCCAACACAAGUUGAUUUUUUCGAAAAAACAAAGUAAACAUGUGUUUUAGAUACUCGUUUAUUAUUGUGUCAUCUACACUCUCUUUUUAUAGUUGUGUGUAAGAAUGUACCCAAAUGCUAGAAUACCUAUCCAAUAUAGGAUGAUAGUGGCCAAAGGCGAUUUGAUUAUUAGGAAUUGGAGAAUGAAAUUAGUUCUUAAAUUGAGACCUUUAAAUUAUUCCGAUUUAAUUUUAUUCAACCCGUUAUGUUUUGGUAUUACCUUAUUGGCACGUGUAACAAAUGCUUAACUGAAAACGUAUUUUUGAAAAAAUCGCUUUUUUAUAAUCUGUGUCGACAUCACAUGAUGGGAAACGGUUAGGAACUUAAUAAUGUAAUCAUUAUUAACUCACAUCAGCCUAUAUAAGACGUAUACUAUGUUAUUACUACUAUUACGAGAUUUAGAUUUUAUACCUCUAAAUUUCGCAGUAUAGCUGCGUUUACACUAGAUAUGUUUUAUGGAUGAUUUACAUGUCAUUCACUGUCUAAAUUUUCAUGCCUCAAAUUAUUAUUUAUUUUUAUUUGUGCCAUAACCGUAACACCUGCACUCAGGAUAACGAUAAUAUCAACCACCAAUUAAAAUGGCCAAAUAAAAAAAUUAAAACUUUAGAACAAAUGGAAAAGUAUUGUAAUAUUAUUAUCAGUUAGAACAAAUGAAAAAGAAUUGUAAUCUUACUAUCAAAUUAACAUUAGUAAAGGCAUUAACAUAAUGUAGAUUUUUAUUCGGUAUUUUUGUUAAAGUGAGGUGCUAACUCACAUUGUGAGUUGUGCCCCAUUCAUCCGAUGUGGUCUCUUCAGAUUUCUUCAUUCAUCCGAAACCAGAGAAAAGUAUAAGAAAAUAAAUUGUGGAGGAAGAAAAACCAAUCGAGUGAGACGACAUCGCGAAUGCUAUCUCAUUGCUUUUUUUAUUAAGUGAAAACGUAAUUAUUCUUCUAGGAUUAUAUUUUAUUUUUACCGUCUAUUUAAAUAUAUAGCAUUUCCUGGAAUUAAACAUUUUUAAAAAUAAAAGAUUUUUAUCAUACAUUUAUAUCUUAGGUUUAUCUUUUAUAUCCGAUUUCUUAGAUUACCUACACUUUUUUUUAAUUCGAGGUUUUAUCGUUUUGAAAUUGCAUUACGUCACAAGAAAUGACUUAAGUAGUAUGUGUGCGUGUAAUCAUAACAUAAAUCAAUUAGUGAACAAGACAUAUCAUCUAAGUGAGUAUUUAUAAAUGUUUUAUAGGUGUUGUAUUCAAACGCUUGAAUGGUCAUAAGAAAGUCAUAAAUGUAUAAUACAUAAUUAUUGUUAUGUGUUGCAUAUAAAGAGUUGAUUUAAGGCAAUUUUGAUUUAUAAAAAAAAGUAUAUAACAAAUGUUAAAAUGUUGUUACUGUUAGCAUAAUUAUGUCUUGAUUAUAUAAUUGUUUUUGUUUAUUUAUCUCCAUUUCAUAUUAUCAAAUUAUUUAAAAUUUAGUAAUAUCUAAUGAAUAUUAUAAAAUAUACACAAAAUUGAUAUUAUUUAUAAUCCAUUUAUUGCAAGUAAAAUGAAAAAUAGUCCGAACUGAUUUAUAUUUAUUUUAUAAUAAAAAAAAAUAAUUACAAACAAAAAAUUAUUUACGUUUUCAAAAUUCUAAAUUUAAGAUUUGUUAAAAAUUGUACAAAACAUAAAACAGUAGUAUGUAUGAUAUAAUCGAUUGUAUCGAUGUCUAGUUUUCUGUUAUAUAAAAAUAUUAUAUAAAGAAUAACAUAUUACCUUAGUUUUAAUAUAUUAUUACAACCUGGUUUUGUAAAAAAAAAAUAAAAAAUAAGUAGAAGUAGUGGAGUGCCCACUGUACGAAAAAAUAUGUAAACACUCUUCUCGAAGAAAUUCAUGCAGGCUAUCGAUGUCUUCCUUAUUGCUAUACACUCUUUAUAUUAACCUAAGUCUUAUUGUAUGUAAGUUAGAUUUUAUAUUUGUCAUAAGUAGUUGAUUGUACUUGCAAUGUAAAGAUAUUGCAUUUUUUUUCUCCUAUCCCAAAGCAUUCUAAAUAAUAGAAGUCCUGUUUGUUAUAUUUGUUUUUGGUGAUUAUCAGAAGGAAAUUAUUAUACAUCCAGUUAAGUGGUAAUAUUACGUUUAUAGUGAAUUAUUUAUUACAUAUAAUUUUUUAGACUCAACGUCCAAUUUACGUAAUAUGCUAUAGUCAAUACUAUAAUUUCGAAACAAAUACAUAUUGUAUUUUGAACCAGAGCUUACUUACUGGAUAUGUGCUUUGAAAACAAGAAAGUAUAUUGUUCUUGGAAAUUCGUUUACGAUUUGUAUCAAACUACGAUUUUCACUUGCGUAUUUGAAAAGCUCUUUAUGUGCCCGUGAAGUUAUAUGAUGUAUAUUUUUAGUGAUUUAAAAUAUAAUCAGAGAUAUUCCAAAACUAUAGAGUUCCAUGUAGAUAAUUAUAUACAAAAAUACCUUAUGAAUAUGAGAAGUUGGAACCUUUCAUCUACAAAACUUCAAUAUUCGCCAUGCAUUACAAUGAUUUUUAUUAAUAAUAUAUUUUUUUGUGAUUUUUUAUUGUUACAGAAAGUCCUACGUAACGCAUGUGUUAUUAUUUUAGCUUGAAUCAUAGAAACUAAUAUAAUUAUGUGUAUGACUUCCUGCGUGUAUACAACCAUUUAUUUUAUCAAUGUUUAUAAUUAUACUCGUAUAUUUCUAAUAUACGAGGCUGCAAAUCGUGCUGAUGUAUGAAAAUGUCAUAAUGUAUUUACAAAACGUGGAAUUUUUAUCUCUUUAUGAUAUCAGUGUAUUACACGUUCCAUUU